AGGUUUGGCCGGGCAGCGGCGGAGCAUUUUGUUCCAAACAAAGUAGGACUCUCCCCGCAGAGGCCGGAUGACACCAAUGGACUGAGCAGCUCUUCGCUUUUUUGAUUUUUUAUUGAAUUUCUAAACCGUGUUGUUUACAGCUGGCAGAAAUGGCUCCCGGAUAACGGAAAGAAUAUUCGAGAAACACCGUGGACUGCGGGGUUUCGAGUGCGGCCAGGAGCGCAGCGGCCCGCGGCCGUGGAGGAGCUUAGCAGCCGGGCGAAGCCGAAGGAGUCGCCCCGCUAUUGUGUGUUAAGACGGAUUUACCGCCGUAUUACAGCCCCGUCCCCAUCCCUUACUCGCCUUCCUGAUUCUGUUCUGGGAGAGUUCAGACCAGUAUCAUCGCCAAGAUAGCCGGGCCAGGCAGGAAGAGGCACAUCUCAGAUCCAGACCCCAGCAGCGGUAGCGAUUCCGGCGACGGGCGGCCUGUUAGUGCCAAGUGCCUGAAGAUGGCCAGCAGCGGUGGUGGCGGCGGCAGCGGCGGUCGCGGUGGGGCUCAGCAGAGAGGAGGCAGCAGCAGGGAAAAUGGCUCCGACCUGUCCUCCAGUAAGAAGAAGCAGAAGGACCGGGCCAACCAGGAGAGUCGAGAGGCCAAGAGGGCGGCGGCAGCAGCCGCGGCGGCAGUGGACGGAGUUAUCGCAGAGGUCAAGAAAGAUGUGUUUGUGGACUGGAAGCAGAACGUCAACGAGGUGACGGUCCGGCUGCGCUGCGGGGAAGGCGUGCAGAGGAUAGAGGACAUCAGCACCACCUUCACCGACACGCACUGCCACGUGUGCUUCCCAGAUGGACGGCAAUGGAGCUGCCAGUUGCAGGAGGAAAUUGAGGCCUCAUGUAGUCGAGUGCAGUACAAGGAGAAGGGCGGAUUCCUGCAUCUCAUCAUGCACAAGAAGAUUCCCUUUCACAUCUGGCCUUCUCUUAAGUCAAACAAGAAGGAGAAGGAGGCGGCGGUGCCCCCAGAGACCAAAAAUGACACAAAGCCGGUUUCCUCGGAGUCAUCGGAGAAACCCAAACUGUCCCCGCCGCAGCCCCAGCCGCCAUCAUCGCCGGCGCACAGCGAGUCCAGACGCAACGGUGGCAAAGCCGAGCGAGGCGUGAAGCGCUGCCUCAAAAACAAACCAGCAGGCGACAAGACCGCUGCGGACUCCGUCGGGGUGAAAACUGGAGCCGGGGAUGCUUCAGUUACCACCGCCGCCAGCGGUAAGCCCGUCAGCGCCACGAGAGGCGAGCAACAGCCUCUGGAGCCCAGCGCCAAGCGCACCGUCGUACGGCCGCCCAAGACCACGAAGGAGGCUGCAUCACCGGCCGACAGGGACGCCCCCUCCGCCAAGUCUGCAGCAGCUAAUGACAAAGCGCCCGCUGGCCGGAGCCCUCAGACGCAACGCAGGGACGCAGACAACCGAGCAGAAAGGCCCGGCAGCGGUCCAGGAGCAGGACCAGCUCCUACCAGCAGUACCACCAGAACACAGUUGGAAGAGAAGCGAAGCCAGUCUGCAGACGGGUCUGGAGCAGCAGCCCCCGUCAGCGACACCCAACCAGAAGCUCCCAUCAGCACCAGCGACUGCCUCAAACCCGUCGCCUUCGGCAGAGAAGCCGACUCUCCCCAGAGAUCGGGGGACAGAACGGACUCCGAGCCGGAGAAAACCUCUGCUGAGCAGGAGUCGGAGCUGGAUACUCCGAUCCGCCAGCAGCCCGGAGAGGCAGCGCCGGUACCGGCCGACAAACGAAGCCCGUCACCCGGUCCGGCGCACAAGCAGAGCAGCUGCGACGAAGAGGAGAAGCGGGACCAGUCGAAGGAAGAGCCGCCGCUGGAGAUGAAGCAACAGGAAGCCCCGGAGCCGAUGGUGAACCUGCAGUUCAUGAAGAACGAUUCGUACGAGAAGGGAACGGACCUGAUGGUGGUGAACGUUUACAUGAAGGGCAUCUGCAGGGACACGGCCAGGGUCAUCUUCAGGGAACAGGACUUCACCCUCAUCUUUCAGACCAGCGACGCCAACUUUCUGCGGCUCCAUGCGGACUGUGGACCGAACACGGUCUUCAAGUGGCAAGUCAAACUCAGGAACCUGAUCCAGCCUGAGCAGUGCAGCUACUCCUUCACGCCGUCCCGCCUGGACAUCACCCUGAAGAAGAGGCACAGCCAGCGCUGGGGGGGUCUGGAGGCUCCGGCCACACAAGGUGCAGUGGGUGGCGCCAAGGUCGCUGUACCCUCCAGUCCUGCCUGCAUGGAGAAGAGUCAGCCAGGCAGCAGCCAGCACAGCCUCCCCGCCAAAGAGGAGCCUCCGAGGGUCGGGGAGGAGAAACCGAAGGCCCCCAAGGCUUCCCCCAGAGUGGAGGACGGCGGUCUGGACACCGUGGCUCCUCGCGGCGUCUCCGAGCACGUCGCCAUCACCAAGCAGGAGCCCGCCGUUACCACGCCCAAACCCACCUGCAUGGUGCAGCCCAUGACCCACGCACCGCCUGCCAGCAACGAGCGCCACGAGGAGGAGGAGGAGAAGAAGGUGUGCCUGCCUGGUUUCACGGGACUGGUCAACCUGGGCAACACCUGCUUCAUGAACAGCGUCAUCCAGUCCCUGUCGAACACCAGAGAACUCAGGGAUUACUUUCACGAUCGAGCGUUCGAGGCAGAGAUCAAUUGCAACAAUCCACUGGGGACGGGAGGUAGACUCGCCAUCGGCUUCGCUGUGCUGCUCAGGGCCCUUUGGAAGGGAACUCAUCACGCCUUCCAACCCUCCAAACUCAAGGCGAUUGUGGCCAGUAAAGCGAGCCAGUUCACGGGCUACGCCCAGCACGACGCCCAGGAGUUCAUGGCGUUCCUGCUGGACGGACUCCACGAGGACUUGAACCGCAUUCAGAAUAAACCGUACACGGAGACGGUCGACUCCGACGGACGGCUGGACGAGGUGGUGGCAGAGGAGGCCUGGCAGAGGCACAAGAUGAGAAACGAUUCCUUCAUCGUGGACCUCUUCCAAGGCCAGUUUAAGUCCAAGCUCGUGUGCCCCACGUGCUCCAAGGUGUCCAUCACCUUCGACCCGUUCCUCUACCUGCCCGUCCCGUUGCCCCAGAAACAAAAGGUGCUCUCAGUUUUCUACUUUGCGAAGGAACCUCAUAAAAAACCCAUCAAGUUUUUGGUGAGCGUGAGCAAGGAGAACUCCAGCACUGCUGAAGUCCUCGAGUCCAUCUCCAGGAGUGUGAGGGUCAAACCGGAGAACCUCAGACUGGCAGAGGUGGGAAAGAACCGCUUCCAGCGCAUGUUCCUGCCGUCCCAUUCCCUGGACACGGUGUCCUCCUCCGACAUGUUGUUCUGCUUCGAGGUGCUUUCCAAAGACCUGGCCAAAGAGAGAGUGGUGUUGCUCAGAGUGCAGCAGAAACUCCAGGUUCCCAACAUCCCCAUCUCUAAGUGUGCUGCCUGCCUGAAGCCUCCGGUGUCCGAGGAAGACAAGCUGAAGCGGUGCACUCGGUGCUAUCGCGUGGGCUACUGCAAUCAAGUGUGUCAGAGGACCCACUGGCCCAAUCACAAGGCUCUGUGUCGACCCAACUCGGAGAACGUGGGUCUGCCUUUCUUGGUCAGCGUGCCCGAGUCCCGGCUCUCCUAUUCCCGCCUCAGCCAGCUGCUCGAGGGCUACUCCAGGUUUUCCGUCAACGUGUUCCAGCCUCCCUUCCAGUCGGGCAGGACGUCCCCAGAAACCCCCCAGUCCCGUGUAGACCUCCCUCCGAUGCCAGCAGGUUCUCCUGAGGGUCCCGGCUCAGGGGACGAGGCCGUGGGCGGCAGCGGCACCAUAGCAGCAGGCGACCCGGAGCUGGAGAGCCCCUCUCAGCUGCCCGAGUCCCAGGCGGAGUACGCUCAGGCCUCAGCGGUCCACCCCGGGGAGUCGGACUCGCUCUCCUCCUCCCAGGCGUCCAUCUCCACCACUCGGACUUCGGAUUCGGGAUUCUCUGAGCCCGUCUCGUCCACCUCGUGCUGCUCUCUGGACCCUCACGCUGAAAAAGAGACUUCCUGUGAGAAGGCGGUGCGACCUGAAGCUGCAGUAACGGGGUAUCAGCACCCGAGUGAGUCGGCAUCAGGCCACGCCAGUCAGUUCUACAUCGCUCUGCUGGACUCCAACAACAAGGAGCAACGGCUGGAUGAGAAGGAGGACGCGCUGGCGGACCUGCCCGAGGACGCCACGCUGGAGCUGGUGUGGAAAAACAACGAGCGCCUGAAGGAGUACGUGCUGGUGAGCUCCAAGGAGCUGGAGUACGAGGAGGAUCCCGGGUCUCUGAGCGAGACCGCCAGGGCCGGACACUUCACCCUGGAGCAGUGCCUCAACCUCUUCACCAAGCCAGAGGUGCUGGCGCCGGAGGAGGCCUGGUACUGUCCAAAGUGCCAGCAGCACCGCGAGGCCUCCAAGCAGCUGUUGCUGUGGCGUCUGCCCAACGUUUUGAUCAUCCAGCUCAAACGCUUCUCCUUCAGGAGCUUCAUCUGGAGGGACAAGAUCAACGACAUGGUGGACUUCCCCGUCAGGAAUCUAGACCUGAGUAAGUUCUGUAUCGGCCAGAAGGACGAGAUGCAGCAGCCUCCGAUCUAUGACUUGUACGCAGUCAUCAACCAUUACGGGGGAAUGAUCGGAGGCCACUACACCGCCUACGCUCGGCUGCCCAGCGACAAGAACAGCCAGCGCAGCGACGUCGGCUGGCGUCUGUUCGACGACAGCACGGUGACGAUGGUGGAGGAGAGUCAGGUGGUGACGCGCUACGCCUACGUCCUGUUCUACCGCCGCCGCAACUCCCCGGUGGAGAGGCCGCCGCGCUUCCUGCGGCCCGUCGGAGCCGAGUCGCCCACCGCCGCUGGAGCCACCGCCAGCCAGGCCUCUCUAAUAUGGCGGGAACUGGAGGAGGAAGAGGAGGGGCCGGACAGCAAAGGGCCCCGCGGACUGUUUGGCUCUGCUGCGCUGCGAAGGCGACAGACCAACAGGGACGAGGAAGACGAAGACAGAGCCGAAGGGUCGGUGCGACGGCACCGCAGGCAGAGGAUGUCGGACUAUCCUGACGACGACUGCGUUCGGUACUUUGUCCUGGGGACUCUGACGGCCGUGCUCGCUCUCUUCGUCAAUCUGGUCUACCCUCUGCUUUACAAAGCCAGCUGGACCUGAGCGGGCGGAGACCUGCCGAGCUCAGAGACCAGUAAAUAAUGAAUGUUGGGUUGUUCAAGCAAGAAGGUGUGAACCAGAGAGGAGGUACGAGGGUACUUCACCCAGAAACAAGGGGCCUGACUCCCUGUACUGUCCACAGAAACCCUUUAAAGGAGAAGGAGAGGAGAGCUUGGAGCUGAUACUGCAGCUCAGGUGGUUUCAAACCUAAUUUACCCGACCGGCGUGAUGAGACAUCUGGGUGGAAGGUCGGCUGAAUAAGGUUCAUGUCCGUGAAGAUUCUCAGUCAUCCAGGUCGUGGUUAUUCUCAUAGAUUAAUCGUAGCA